AUGCAAACCUACGCUCGUGCUGCCGUCCGCCCUGUGUUCCGCGGAGCGCCCACUAGCAGCAUCGCAACCCAGAAGCGCUCCUUCCACUCCCCAUUCACCGUGCUCAACUCCGCCCAUUCCCCGCUCACCAACCCGCCGAGCUCAUCCUCCACCGUGUCGCACAUCACCUCCUCCUACGAGAAGCAAGACUCCUACGUCUCCGAGGAGCCUCCCUCGCCAGGUGCCCCGCGCACAUACGUCGUCUCAGAGCCCGACCCCGCGCACACGCCGUACGAGGUCCCCUCGGGCGCCUUCCCCACCUCAGCGCCAUACGACACCUAUCAAGAGACCUCGGCGCCCAACCCAAGCGGCGCGCACAGCUCGACGAGCGCGAGCCCGCCGCACCCCAACACGACGCGCAGGGUGCUCAUGAACGCCUGGGGCGUCGGCGAGAGCGCAGCCGUCAGGCACGGGGAGGCGCCUGGUGAGAUGGGCAAGCGGGGCGGCGGCCAGGGCGGCCUGGGUCUCAUGGACAAGGAGGGCACGAGGCAGGGAGAAUUGGGACAGCUCGCGGACAGGAACCCCCAGCCGGAUUCCGACGUUGCUCCCAAGUGGUCUAAAUUGGGUGUCGACCAGGCUUGGAAGGAGCGGAAAUAA